CCUGGACAGUUAACAGCAACAGUUCACAAACACAGAUAUACAAAAUUACUGGGAUAUCACUGAGGAGUUUGUAACGUAAGUCAUGACAUGAAUUCGUUCACAUUUGAUGGGGGGUGGAGUGCUGCGGACACAGACACACUGAUGCAGUUCAUCUUCAAUAAUCGGAGGAAUAUGUGCCAUAUUGUAAACAGAAAAGGGAAAUUAAUAUCUCUGUUAGGUGUCAUUUCUUGCACACUUCUCUACUUGCUAAGCAACCAUCUGCACUUCCAAACAUCACCCUGUGCCUGCGGAUCUUGCAUUCUGGAGAAGAACGAGGAUUCCUGGUUUUCUGAACGCUUCAAUGCCUCGUGUCAUCCACUAAUGUCAACCAACAGUAGUAUCCUAAGCAAAAAAACAGACAAGUGGUGGAAGAGCUUACAGCCCUCUCGUACACAAGCCAACUAUAGUGAGGUUGUGGAAAAGUUGUUCCAACUCAUUCCUGACCGGGAGCACUACCAGGAUGGAAGUCCAGACCGCUGCAGGGUGUGUUCUGUGGUGGGCAACUCUGGGAACCUGAAGAACUCUCACUAUGGACCUCUGAUCGAUGCCAGUGAUUUUGUCUUCAGCAGGAUGAACGGAGGGCCUAUCAAAGGUUUCGAAGAGGAUGUAGGAUCAAAAACUACUCAUCGCAUUAUGUACCCUGAAAGUGCUGUUGACAUCGACAGCACCACUCAUUUGGUACUGUUUGCCUUCAAGACUCUGGACCUGGAAUGGCUGAUUAGUGUCUUCACUACUCAUAAGAUCAGACAGACAUACAUGCCUGUGAAGUCAACAAUAAAAGCAAAUGUAAGAUUGGUGAUGGUUGUUAAUCCCACUUUCAUGCAGUAUACCCACAAAGUUUGGCUAAAAAAACAUGGCAUGUAUCCAUCCACCGGUUUUAUGACUGUUGUUCUGGCUCUUCAUAUUUGUGACCAGGUCAGAGUGUUCGGGUUCGGAGCAGACAAGCACGGGAACUGGGAUCACUACUUCGAAAAGACACCACUAUAUUUUAAAACUGGCGGACAUGAGGGCAGUUUGGAGUAUGACACAAUCAGGGAGCUAAACAACAGACACAAAAUUGAAAUGUAUCGAGGAUGGUGAGGGCCGUCUAUCUGAAAACUCUAUCUAUGGCAAUUUGAUUUUAUUUUUGGCAAAUGACUCCCAUGUACAUGUUUAAUUAAAUGACAUUAAAGGCAUGCCUUUUAAGUAAUAUUAAU